AUAAAUUGGAGUUCUUGGGGCUUUUACUUUGAAAUCCCGCUGUUCUCUUCCGGUGUCGUCCCUGUUGUUUCGCUGUGACUUUACUCUGAAGGAAGAUGGUCUCCAUGAUGACAACUUUAAAAUACCAACAGUAGCCGGAGGGUCUUUACUGCCUGACAGCGAUUAUUUAACUAAAAAUGUUUAAAUCUCGUUAUCACGUCGAGUGUCGGCUCCGUUUGUGAAUUAGCUCCGCGGCUAACGUUAGCCGAACAGCUAGCAUGAAGUGGCAGCUUUUGUUUACAUCCAGUCCCGGAGAUGACGGGCCCGGAGAGGCGUGUUAGCUAACCCCGCUACCAGACCUGUUUCUGGGGAGAGAGUGCUCCUGAAGCCCGCUGUGUCAGGACCGGGAGCGUGCGUCAGACCUGCUGCCAGCCCGGGGUGAUGGAAGUGUCCCCUCAGGAUCCAUCUCUCAUGGCUAUGGACCUGUCGAAGGGCUACUCGGUGAACCCCCUGACCCGCGGACACACUGAAGCCAUGGACCUGGCCAAGAAGCCAGAGUGGUACCACAGAUGCCCGCUGAGCUGCAGCACGGAGAUCAGCUCGCCGUACCGAUCCAGAGCCUCGUCCUCCUACAACUCGCAGCUGCAUACCGAGCCGGGCGCUCCGGUCCACUGCAGAGACAUGGAGCAGGGGAACUACAUGAAUUCGACGCUUGCUCCGGGGUUGGAUCUGUACCGUGACGGCGUUCACGGGAACCUGUGGCAUUCAGGUUUCUAUGGGCCAGACCAAACUGGUGGUCCAGUUCCUGAAAGCAGCGGCGGGGAGGAGAGCGACAGUGGCUCUGAUGUUAUUUUCCUCGUUUCCUCGGCUAAAGAGCCGCUCAUGUGCAGCUCUUUCAUCCAGGACAGCGUGAGACACAUUGUGGAGCCUCUGUCCCCGGCUGUGUCCUCGCUGGACGAAGGGAGAGGUUGCUACCACCUACCUCAGCCUCUGAGCUCGCCGAGUCCUGACAGCUCGUACUCGGAGGACUCCUCGGACAGCUCAGUGGACAUCCCGGUUCAUCACACCAGGCCUGUCGUGCUCCUGUCGGACCUGAGUGCCGUUUACAGCAACCCAGCCGAGUCUCCGUUGGACAUUUCAAGCGAUGACAGCGACGUUAUCGAAGUUUCCGUCACUAACGACAAGAAGAAAAGCAAUGCCUUUUCUUGCAAGAAAAGCGUUUCUUGUAAAAAGAGUGUAGCGAGGGAAAGUCCUCCUCGUAGUGAGGAUGAAAAAGCUCCAUGCAGAGAAGUCCGACGCAGCACCAGGAUCAGGAAACCUGUGUCUGAAAUGCCGCAGUUUACCUGCAGCGCUUCUCGCCACAGUUUGAGGAGGCGAGCUAAAAACGAUGCCGUAGGGAUUUACAACGAAAGCUGCGACUCUGAUGACAUGAUGGAGUACGCGGUCAGGCUGUCCAGGUCGGACGCAGACGAGUCGCAGCCGAUCGAGUCACAAAGAGUGAGCAGCAACUCGGAGGAGUCUGAUGCCGACGCUCAGGCAGACAGGAAGUCGGCGUCACCGCAGAGAGAGCUGUCGCCGUCGCCGCCUCCUCCAUGCAAAGUGACGCAAACCAUCAAUCAUAAACGAAAGAAGCCACUCAGCUGUAGUAAAACCAAAAGGUUACGAACUAAACAGAAACAGAACUGCACGAUCGAGCCGGAGCAGGAAAGUGAGCGGAAAAAAACAAACAAAAAACCUGUUGCGAGGCGGAAGAAAAAAGCACGCCCGCAGACCGGACCGUGUGCUCUGUUUUGUCCCCGAGAGCCAGAAAUCAAGCUUAAAUAUGCAAACCUAAAAGAUGAGAAAAAGACCAAGAAGGUGGGGAGUUUUUGCCCUUUUGUGCACAUGAAGAAGAGGAUGUGCACUGUGGUGAACUAUCAGGAGGACGAGGCGACUGUCCGGAGCAGCAGAGGACAGCAGCACGCCGGCUCGCUGUCCGGCUUCGUUCCCAAAACAUCCUGUUUCCAGCUGGGCCGGUUCAGCUCGGAGAACAGGAGUCAGGAGACGCUGCUCUGCUGCCUGUGCGGCCAGACGGCGAACACCACGGGCCUCGGGGACCUUCACGGCCCGUAUAACCCCGUCAACUCGCCUCUGGACUGCAAGACUGAGCAGAAAGAGGAGGAACGUUUAGCGGACAGCAGGCGCUCUUCAGGCGACGGUUCGGACUGCUCGGCUUUCAAGAACGACAACCACUGUCUCCCAAAGGUGCCUCUUCAUCUGGACGAGUGCUGGAUCCACGAGGACUGCGGCAUCUGGUCCGCCGGCGUCUUCCUGGUCCGAGGGAAGCUGUACGGACUGGAGGAGGCGACCCGGCUCGCACAGGAAACAAUAUGUUCAGUGUGCAAACAAACAGGUGCAAUAAUGGGAUGUUUCCAGAAGGGCUGCUCCAGAAAUUAUCACUACAGAUGUGCCAUUCAGUCAGGUUGUGUCUUAAACGAGGAGAACUUCUCUAUAAGGUGUCCAGAGCACAAGAACAAAGCGUUCACAAGUGUAAUCCGACGACACAGGAGAUGACGUGAAAGACGUCUGGGAGCACUGGAGAAUGAUCCACAGAUCUCCUCAGGGUGCAACGUGAUCUGUCUGAUUUCACUUCGGCUGUUUUUUAACACUAAUUAAUGUGAGUGUGUGUGUUUGAUCGAGCAUCUGGUAAGAUUUCACUCGACAUCAAAAACCGAUCAACCAGGGGCCACUUUAGGAUUUUACCACAAGAUGUUAAGUUGUUCUGUUUCUUUAACACAAGGUGUGUGUGUGUGUGUGUGUGUGUGUGUGUGUGUGUGUGUGUGUGUGUGUGUGUGUGUGUGUGUGUGUGUGUGUGUGUGUGUGUGUGUGUGUGUGUGUGUGUAUGGAUAUUUAUUCCUUUUCUUAAAGGGCCACAACACAAAUCCAGUUUAUUAUUUUAACAUACUUAUGACAUUAGAGUUUAAAUUAGCUUUAUUGAUUUGUUGUAUAGAAUAUGAUAUCUUUAUAUAAGUCACUUCUUUUCUUUCUUACAGUUUUUUUAUUCCUUUUUGUAUUCCCGUUAUUUCAGUCAUCACAUAACAAAACAUUAUUUAUUUAAAUCAAGCCGCAUGCACAGUUGAUGUUUGCUAUAAAGCACUUUAUAGUAUAAUUUUUAUUCUAUCUGUUAUUUAUGUCCAUUUGUAGACUUUCUCUUUUUACUAAUAUUGUUUUAAUUUAAUGUAAAGCUGCAUUAAAGCAAGAAAAUAUGGAAUUCCUGUUUAAAUCUGAAGAAAACAGAACAUCUUGUCCCCCUUCAACUGAGACCACAAACUGUACAUUCACCGUAUUUUAAGCACUUUUAUUUCUGGUGUCGGGUUUGGAUGCUUCUCUGCUCGCAGAAAUCGGAACAAAAUGUCACAUAUACAGCAGCGAGAGUUCAGUUCAGAGAAAGAAGCAUUCAGUGUUUCGUGGCUGAGCUAGAAAAUCCUAUUUCUAUUUUCUGAUUCUAUUUUGUUACAGGACUUCUGUGUAAAGUGUAAAUUUAAAGGGUCAAUUCAACCAAAUCACAAAAAAAUGACGAUUCAGAUUGAUAAGGUUACUGGACAAACAAUUAAUUGACCAAAAAAAUAAUAAUUGUUUUAGCUAGGAAAAAUGGACUCACAAAUAAAGAGACAUCAGACAUGAGGCCCAUUUAUUUAGACUAUAUUUGUUAACAUAUUUGGCAAAUUAACCCCUUAAAAAAUGCAGAAUAACUGUUAGCAGUUCCUGUUCUUACAAUGUACCUCUGGAUGAAUGGACAAGUUUUGCUGGAUUCAUUUGAUACUGUAAAAAUACGUUAAAACGUCUAAAUAUUUUAAACAUAUUUGGCACAUUGGCUCAAAGAAAGGUUUGCAGAAUUAGCUAUCGCCUCCUGUUUUCAUUGUCCCAUGAAAACAGGAUUGACACCCAUGGAUUUACAUACAAAUAUAACUGAAUUUCUUUGUUACUGAAGAAGACAUGUCAGUUCUCUGGCAGGUUCUGUAAUAACAAGUGUCCUUCUCUUUCUAAGCAGACUUUCUUGAAGCCUGUUUUUAAAGCCUUUUGUUUAAACAAAAUUUGAAAAUGAUUUCCUUUUAAAGGAUACUGAACUUGCUUGUGAUACUGCAAUGUACCCAUUGGUAUACAGACAACUAUUAGUGAAUUACUUUGAUAGUGAGGAAAAUUUAAAAUGUGUAAAUUCUCAAGCAAAUUCUGCAGUUAAAAGGAGAGCCGUUUACUUGCGGCCCAAUUUUUUUUUAGCCUACACUUUUUAACAUAAUUGGCAAAUUAUCUAAAAAAAAGUUAUGCAGAAUAAGAAAAAGCAGUUCCUGUUUUCAGUGAUCUCAUGGAUUUACAGACAACUAUCACUGCAUUACUUUGAUACUGAAAAAAACUUAAAAAACGUGCAGAUUCUCAAGUAAGUUCUGCAGUUAUAUAGAGUGCUCUUCUAUUCUAAGUGGUUUGCCUUGGACCCCAUUUUUUAGCCUACUUUUUUUUUAACAUGUUAGGCAAAUUAGCUCAAUGAAAGAUUUGCAGAAUUUGCAAUUACGAGUCUUAGAUUUCGGCAUAGCUCUUUGAUGUACAGACAACUAUCACUGCAUUACUGUCAUAUGAGGGCUGUUUCCACUACCGCCCAAUACCCAGAAUGAGGCGGGUCUCACUCGCCGAAACACCCCUAAUUUGAAUAUGAGCCGUCCGGAGCUCUUGCCAACUUGGCAACAGUUAUGAGGAUCGUCCUUUUCCAAGUGGAUUUAAAACGUAAAAAUAAAAGAAAAAAAUCUCCUUAACAAACAAAUGUUUGUACGUAACCUGAUAAAGUACCACAGGCAACAGUCGGAAAAUAUUUGAAAACAUUUUGUGAUUUCGUUGAAUUGACCCUUUAAUAUGUUUGAGCUGCCGUAGAGCUGAAGUUGCCUCAUUUGUAUGAGCUUUUGUGUUUCGGUUCACAUGAUGUGAUGGAUGACAGUUAAAGGAUUAAAUGUUUAAGAACAGAGGCUUUUAUGUAAAUUUACAGUUUGCUUUCAUGUCUGCACUUUUUAUUAUUUGAGGAAUAAAACACAUAAUGUUAUUUAAUAAAAGUCAGUAAAACUGAA